GGGGCGGGGCUUCGGGCGGCUGGAAUCAUGGCGGCGGCGGCUUUGGACGCUUUGCAAAGGGCGUUACGAGAGUUCCCGGCCGCGGCACGGGAGCUCAGUGUGCCUCUUGAUGUGCCUUACCUGGAUGAGCCCCCUACUCCACUCCACUUCUAUCGGGACUGGGUGUGCCCCAACAGGCCAUGCAUUAUUCGAAAUGCCCUGAAGCACUGGUCAGCUCUCCAGAAGUGGUCCCUCCCCUACUUAAGAGCCACAGUGGGUUCCACAGAGGUGAGUGUGGCUGUGACUCCAGACGGUUAUGCAGAUGCAGUGCGAGGGGACCGCUUUGUAAUGCCUGCUGAGCGCCGCCUGCCCCUCAGCUAUGUACUGGAUGUGCUGGAGGGCCAGGCCCAACACCCAGGAGUCCUCUAUGUGCAGAAGCAGUGUUCCAACCUGCCCACUGAGCUGCCCCAACUGCUGUCUGAUCUGGAGCCUCAUGUACCCUGGGCCUCUGAGGCACUGGGAAAGAUGCCUGAUGCUGUGAACUUCUGGCUGGGGGAGGCAGCUGCAGUGACAUCCUUGCACAAGGACCACUAUGAGAACCUGUACUGUGUGGUAUCAGGGGAGAAACACUUUCUGUUACAUCCACCCAGUGACCGGCCCUUCAUCCCUUACGAACUGUACACACCUGCAACCUACCAACUAACUGAAGAGGGUACCUUUAAGAUGGUGGAUGAAGAAGCCAUGGAGAAGGUGCCCUGGAUCCCACUAGACCCACUGGCUCCAGACUUGACCCAGUACCCCAGUUACAGUCAGGCACAGGCCCUCCGCUGUACUGUGCGGGCUGGUGAGCUGCUCUACCUGCCAUCUCUAUGGUUCCACCAUGUCCAGCAGUCCCAUGGCUGCAUUGCUGUGAACUUCUGGUAUGACAUGGAAUAUGACCUCAAGUACAGUUAUUUCCAGCUGCUCGACUCCCUAACUAAGGCUGCAGUCCUUGACUGAUGUACCACUGGUGAAUACUGCUAAGGACAUCUUGAGGGAGAGGUUGAGCCCCUCCUAGGCUGCUGGCUUAAUUCUAGAGACCACCUGGAGUUUAAGUACUUGUCUGCUGCUCAGGGUCCAGCUUAAUUUGGAAUCAGCCUUGGAUGAUCUUGGGAUAUGAUCUUGGGAUGUGAUUAGGAGAUGCCAGGCAGGUUUGAGUGAGCGUGCCCAGGAAGUUGCCACACAGAUGAGGAGGAGUGGGGAUCAGGUCCUACAGCACCUUUUACCAGUGUUGAGACUCUGGGCAAGUCACCACCUGUUGGCAUUGGUGUCCUGGCUGUAAACUGGAGAUAAUAAUGGUUCUACCGCACAGGGAUGGAGAUGAUAUCUGUAAGGUCCAGCAUGGACCAGCACAAAGGAAGUGGUCAAUAAAAGGUAGCUGUGAGUCA